AUGUCCGCCAUUCAGCUUUCCUUUUCCCUCCGCGUCUCCUCCGGCGUCAAGGCCGUCCACCUCCUCGGCUCCUGGGACAAUUACGUGGGCCAGCUCCCGCUCUCCCGAGACAAGACCUCGUCCAAGUCGGGCUCCUGGAAGGGCACUUUUCGCUUCCAAAACACGACCCUGCAGACCGGCCAGCGAUACUGGUACUACUACAUCAUUGAUGGCUACCACGUCGCCCACAACCCCAGCAUCGCCUCCACCACCGAGCCGACCACCGGCCGCGAGCUCAACAUUCUCGACGUCCCCUCGGACAAGUCUUCCUCGUCGUCCUCCAAGUCGUCCUCCAAGUCGUCUUCCAAGUCGUCGUCCUCCUCGUCAAAGUUGUCCUCGUCGUCCAAAUCCUCUUCCUCGUCCAAGUCGUCCUCCAAAUCGAGCAGCAAGAGCUCAUCCUCGUCCCGCCACUACUCCUCGUCCACGUCCUCGACCUCCUCUUCCAGAGACAAGGACCGCUCUCACUCCUCGCGCAAGAGCCUGUCCGUCGACAUCCCCAAGGGCCGGCCCCUAUCCAUCUCCCAGAUCAAGGCCCCCAAACCCAUGUCGCCGCACGCCACCAAGCACCUGCUCGAGUCCGACUACCACGGCAACUCGGAGCUCGAGGAGCUCGCCGCCCGCUUCGGCACCGCCGGCCUCGACGACGACCUCAUCACCGACUUCUCCACCUCGCCCGUCUCCUCGGUCGGCUCCGCCUUUUCCUACCGCUCCGACAGCUCCUCGCCCUCGUCGUCCCUCUCCGGCUACAGCACCCCGAGCUCCGACUGCAGCAGCUGCACCUGCGAGCGCUACGGUAUCACUCGCCGCGGCGAGCGCGUCAAGCUCGACUGCGGCGGCUCCCGCUGCGGUCACGACGACGACGAUGACUACUCGGAUGACUCGUGCGUCAGCGACGCCUACGAGUCCGAGGACGAGCGCGUCCGCCGCCACCACGGCCACCACAGCCACGGCCACGGCCACGUCAACGUCUCCCGCCGCCACGGCAUCAUUGUGUCCUGA